UUCAGUUUGAGGAAACUCACGGUAAGAGACACAGACAGCUGCCUUCCCACACACGCACAACUACAGGCAAUGGAAUCGACCAUGAGCCUCCUCUCUGAGAAACCCUUCUUGUGUUCUCUGUGUGAGGAGAUCUUCAGUAACCCCGUCACUACGCCCUGUGGACACAGCUUUUGUAAAAUGUGCCUCCGUAUGUACUGGAGCCGCAGCGGCACGGACGAGUGUCCCCUCUGCAGGCGGGACUUCGGCUCCAGGCCCCAUCUCAGCGUUAACCGCAUACUGGCGGACGUCACUGAAAACUACAGGAAAACACGACUGACUGCUAAAUCAAAGUUCUUCAGUAUGGAUGAACUGCAAGAUGAACCUAAGAAUGCAGGAGAGGUGGAACAAAUGAUCCAGGAAAGAGUGCUAAAAGUUGGGAAACUUCAGGAUUCCUUAAAGCUCCUAAAGAACUCGUGUCUCAAAGAGGUUCAGGAAAGUCACCGGGUGUUUUCCUCUCUGCUGAGCGCCUUAGAGAAGAGUCAUAAGCUGGUGAUGGCCGCUGUCGAGCAGAAACAAAAACAGGCGGAGAAGAGAGUUGACAGACUUGUGAAAGAGCUGGAGAAAGAGAUCGAAGAGCUGAAUAAUGGACACGCCAAUUCAGAGCUCUUAAAUGACAAAGAGCGUCUUAAAAAGAGUUUCAGUCAUAUACCCAAAGCGAUGAGAGACUGGUCGAAAGUCACACUAGAGACUGAUCCUUGUGUUGGCUUCACCAGACAGGCUGUGGUUGACUUUGUGGAUAUAGUCAUGCUGGAAUCUAAAAGACUUUCGAAAGCUGAACUGAAGAGACUGCAGAGAUACUCAGUUGAUGUAACGCUGAAUCCUCGGACGGCCCAUGCUUACCUCUACAUCUCUGAAGACAGAAAGGAGGUCAGACACGCAAAUAAACAGCAGGAAGUGUCAGAGAACCCCAAAAGAUUUGACCGGGUGGCCAACGUCAUGGCUAAGGAAGCUUUGAGUUAUGGGAGACACCUGUGGGAGGUGGAGGUCGGAGAUAAGACCGACUGGGACUUGGGCGUAGCAAGACAAUCCGUUAACAGAAAAGGAAAAUUUACCGUAUGUCCAUCCAAUGGCUUCUGGAUGCUUAGUUUAAGGAAUGGGACGCAGUAUGUUGCUAACACAUUCCCUCCUACACCAUUGUGCCUCAUCCAGAAGCCCAGAACAGUGGCGAUUUACCUGGCCUACGAGGAGGGCCGGGUCUCUUUCUUUUGUUCGGAUACUGGGACUCACAUCUUCACAUUCAAAGAUGCUUUCACAGAUAAACUUCACCCCAUCUUCAGCCCCGGACGACUGCACGGAGGAAAAAACACUGCUCCACUUAUUAUCAGUAGCAACUGUUGUAGCAUCUGAACCAAUGUUUUUUUCAGUUGCUUAUAAUUGGCAGGAUGUAAAAAUUUUUUUAUUACAAAAUACUGUCUAAAUUACCUUACUAUGCAAGAUAUAACUUAUUUAUUUAUUAUUUUUACUAUUACAAUUCAAAUGGUUACAAUAACACAAAACUCUUUGUGAGUCACGAUGUUUGCAGCCUACUGUAUUUCUGUAAUAAAUAAAAUAUGAAGCAAUAAAAAUUAUAUUUAUA